AUGCGCUUCUUCGGCAGAACCCUGGCCGGCGCUGGCUACAUUGUGCUCAACAUCAUCCGAGCGAUGAACAUAACUGCUCUUUUGGCCGUCAUCGCGGCAAGUUCGGUCAUGCUGGUCAAGACCUUUAUUGUGUCCAAGUUUUUCUUUUUCGAUGCCUGCGAGCACGUUCUCCGAGUCGUCAUGAGUGGAUUCCUCAUCCUCACCGAACUCUCUCUUUUCAAGUCAUUCUUUUCCAAGAAUUGGCCUCUCUUCAGCGCCCGGUCGAGUUUUGUGAUGCUCGGGCUUGCAAUGAUCUUCCUGGGGAACAGUCUUCUUGGGAAUCUGAACAAGCACGCCACCAGUCAGGAAAGCCUGGGUCUGCCAUUCUGGCGGCUGGUGAUAGCAGCCGGAAUCAUUGUGUUUGUGAUGGGCUUCAUCAACCUCUUUGCAAGCUAUAUUUUCAGAGACACCAAGGCGCAUCUCACAGCGCGACAAGUCCGAUCUCACGGCGCGGUCGCAUCACACAAAGCAGACGUCGAAGCUUCUACUCCAAAACCACCGAGCCGCAAAAGUCAUUACCGAUCAUUCUUCCUAGGCAAGCGAGACUCAUUGCCCUCGUAUUAUUCUCGCAAGAACACGGAUCGUGCCAACAUGGCCGAGACGCCCAAGAUGCACCUGGCCAUUUCGAGUCCUUUCCCACAAGAUCAACCUCUAGUCCGCAGUGUGCAGAGCCCUGGUGGAGCCAGCUCCAAGUACAGCCAAAGCCCUAAGAGUGAGCGAUAUGCCAUGAGCCCUGAACUCAACCGGCCAGAUUUGGCACAUCACCCUGCCAUGACACAAGGCCAUGCUAUCUGA